AGUACGCUACUGCCACCUUCACAGUCCUGAAUGCCUAUGCAGGAUGGUCCAACACGAAGUAAUUCCAUACGGACACUCAAGACUGCAGGCCCGCUCGGUCUUGGUAUUUGCGUGGUUCUGUGCUUGCUUGCAAACAUUGCCUAUUUCUCAGCUGCGACUAAGGCAGAGAUUGAUAAAUCUGGUGUCACUGUCACUGCUUUGUUUUUUGGGAACAUCUUUGGUUCUGUCGCAGAGCAUGUGCUUUCGGUUUUCAUUAAUGUUAUUACUGUGCCACUGGCUGUUGCUCCACGGCCGCAGCCCCAGCAGGAAAGCCAAUUGCACGGCCAAACCCAGGCGUCGUCAUCACAAACUCAGCACACCACUACCUCGACCUCCACGACACCUCCUGCUUCAGGUACUGAUACUACCGCAGCUAAUGAAGCUGUGAAUCGAACACGAGGUUAACGCUCAACGAUCUCGGCAGACAUCUCUCGCAUAGAUAGUCCCUGAUCUGCAGUACUUGGAACUCCCAGCGC